AUGGCAGGUAAUACGGCAGUUGAUGAAAAUAAAAAAGCUGACGACACGUGUGUGGAUGCAGAAAAUAAUCGCCAAACUAAUGAAAGCAUGAAACCCAAAGACGAAGAAAUAAGUGUUGGUAAUAAAGAGGACAAUGAGGCUGUAUGUUGUAAAAAUGGAGAUGGGGAGGAGAACAAAACUACUGAAGAAAAAGAUUUACAAGAAAUAGUCUUGAUACAAGACACUGGAUUUACCAUUAAAAUAUCACCACCAAAUGUAGAAGCUUUUGAACUUCCUGUGAGUUCAAUGGAAUUGGUACAAGAGAUUUAUCAGGUAUUGAUGGAUAGAGAAGAUACAUGUCAUAGAACCUGUUUCUCUCUACAGCUAGAUGGUGUGACAUUAGAUAACUUCUCUGAAUUAAAGUCUAUCGAAUCUUUGAAAGAAGGUUCUGUUGUCAAAGUUGUAGAAGAACCAUAUUCUAUUCGGGAAGCCAGGAUACAUGUACGUCAUAUUAGAGAUUUAUUGAAGUCUUUAGACUUGGCUGAUGCUUAUAAUGGAUCAGAUUGUAUGUCUUUAUCCUUCCUUAAUACUGUAACAGCACCUGAUGUUGUAGAAAAAAAGAAAAGUAAAAGUGAAUCAAUUGAUUGUACACCUCCAGAUUAUAUUCUACCUAAUAAUAAAGAAAGACCACUCUUACCAUUACAUCCUGGUGUUAAAGAACAGAAGGCACCACAAUGUUUAAAGGUAUUAACAUAUAGUGGAUGGAACCCACCUCCUGGCAAUAGAAGAAUGCAUGGUGAUUUAUUAUAUCUGUAUUUAAUGACAUUAGAAGAUAAAAAAUUCCAUAUCACAGCAUCUACUAAAGGUUUCUUUAUCAACCAUUCUACAGAAAUAGAUUUUAAUCCACAAGCAAUACAGCCUAGUUAUCUUUCUCAUUCAUUGAUAGAUUUAAUGAAUCAGAUCAGUCCCGCCUUCAAGAAAAACUUUGCGUUGCUAUUGAAGAAGAGAUGCCAGAAACAUCCAUUUGAAAGAGUACCAGCACCAUAUCAGGUUAACUCUUGGAUGGCACCACUACCUCAACAUUCAAUAGAUUAUAUACGUGCUGAAGAUGCUUUUUCAACAAGACUAGGAUAUGAAGAACAUAUACCAGGUCAAACUAGAGACUGGAAUGAAGAAAUACAAAUGACUAGAGAAUUAUCUUGUAAAAAUCUACCAGAUAGAUUGAUUAGAGAGAGAGCUAUCUUUAAGGUACACAGUGAUUUUGUAGCUGCAGCUACAAGAGGUGCUCAAGCUGUAAUAGAUGGUAAUGUGAUGCCUAUUAAUCCUGGAGAAGAUUCCAAAAUGCAGAUGUUCAUAUGGAAUAAUAUCUUCUUUAGUUUAGGAUUUGAUGUAAAAGAUCAUUAUAAAGAUUUUGGUGGAGAUGCUGCAGCUUACGUAGCACCUGGUAAUGAUUUACAAGGUGUUAAAGCGUAUUUUGGUGCUGAUCAAGAAGGAUUAUAUACAUUGGGUACUGUAGUAGUUGAUUAUAGAGGAUAUAGAGUAACAGCCCAGUCUAUAAUACCUGGUAUAUUGGAGAGAGAACAAGAACAAUCUGUAGUCUAUGGCUCAGUUGAUUUUGGUAAAACUAUUGUUACUCAUGAUAAAUAUAAAGAUCUGCUUUCAAAAACAGCUGCACAAUUGAAAAUCCGCCCUCACAAAGUUAUCAACAAUAAAGAUGAAGAAAUAGAAUUAUUUUCUUCUAUUGAGUGUAAGGGUAUAAUUGGUAAUGAUCAACGUCACUAUAUUCUAGAUUUAUUACGAACAUUUCCUCCAGAUGCCAACUACCUUAGAGUGAAAGGUGAAGAAUUGAGUAAAGAAAUGAAAGAACAUGGUUACCCUAAAAAACAUCCACAUAAAUUAGCUUGUCUACGUCAAGAAUUAGUGGAUGCUUUUGUAGAGAACAGAUAUUUAGCCUUCGUCCGUCACGCAGCCUUCCAGUUUCAACAAUUACAGUUGACUAAACAGAAUCCUAGUAAAUUAUUAAAUAAAGAUAUCAAACCUGUAGAGAAAGAUAUCAACUCCAAUGAUAAUAAAGCAACUGAAGACAAGAUUCCAGAUGGUGUAGAGAAUGGUAUAAAAGAGAAAAUAAUUGGUAAUGAUAAUAAAGAUACACAAGAAGAAAUUGUUACUGAAGAAGCUAAAAAAAUAGUUGAAACAUUAACUGGUUCUGAUAGUGCUACUUUUGAAGAAAAUACUAAAGAUAUAGUCAAGAAAGCUGCUACUGCAGUAUGUUCAUUAUCAGAUACAGAAUUUAAUGUUACAUUUAAUCCUGAUGUAUUUCAACCUCAUGUUAAACAUAUUAAUCCUCAGGGUGAAACUUUGAAACGAGAAAAACAGAUUGUGAAAGACGCUGCCGAAUUCUUAGUGUUACAUCAAAUCCCUACAAUGGUGAAUGAUUGUUUAGAUCACAGUUCAUCACCUAUAGAUGGUACAACAUUAACUGAAGCCAUGCAUAAUAGGGGUAUUAAUGUACGCUAUCUAGGAAAAGUUACUGAAUUUUUUGCCAAAUAUCAAAGUGUAUCAUAUGUUUAUACUAUAUGUGUAGGAGAAUUAAUCUGCAGAUCUGCCAAACAUAUCUAUAAAACAUAUAUGCAGGGGGUAGAUAUGGCUAAUCUAUCUUCAGCUAUAGCACAUUUUCUAAACUGUUUACUUGGUAGUUAUAAUUCACCUACAGCACACAUAUCACCUGAAGAUAUGCAAGCCAGAAGAGCUAGACGGAAGAAGAAAUCCAUUUAUAGAGGACAUGGUAUCGCCGCUGAUAAUACUGAAUGGAUGAAUGAAACACCUAAGUCAUUAUGGAAGAAAAUUAUUGAUGAAGCUCAAGAUUAUUAUCAUUAUACUUUAGAAUGUGAUUCUAUUGUCUAUAUUUCAGUGAUAUUCGGUUAUUCUAUUGACUAUAUUUCAGUGAUAUUCAGUUAUUCUAUUGUCUAUAUUUCAGUGAUAUUCGCUGAUAAUACUGAAUGGAUGAAUGAAACACCUAAGUCAUUAUGGAAGAAAAUUAUUGAUGAAGCUCAAGAUUAUUAUCAUUAUACUUUAGAAUGUGAUUCUAUUGAUAGUUGUAUAGAGAAGUAUGAUAUACAGAGAGUAUCGUUAUUAAGAGCUUUCUGUUCUACUGUUGGUAUUCAGAUUUUAUUGAGAGAAUAUGAUUUAUCAGAAGCAACUAAACAAAUCUUUAAUGAAGACGAUAUUAUCAAUGUUUUCCCCAUUGUAAAACAUAUGAACCCAAAAGUGGCUUCAGAUGCUUAUCAUUUCUUCACCAGUGGUCAGAAUAAAAUACAACAAGGUUUAUUACGGGAAGGAUAUGAGUUGAUAACAGAAGCUUGGAAUUUAUUAAAUAAUGUCUAUAUAGCUUUACAUCCUGAAAUAUCAGCCUGUCUUCGUCUACUAGCUAGACUGAAUUAUAUAAUGGGUGAUUAUAGUGAGGCACUGUCAUAUCAACAGAAAGCUGUAAUGAUGAGUGAAAGAGUACAUGGUAUUGAUCAUCCCAUAACUGUUACUGAAUAUGCUCAUCUUGCCUUGUAUAGUUUUGCUAAUAAUCAUAUCUCUAAUGCAUUAAGAUUAAUGUAUAGAGCCAGAUAUUUAGCUUUAUUAUGUCAUGGUGAAAAUCAUCCAGAAGUUGCUUUAAUAGAUAGUAAUAUUGGGUUGAUUUUACAUGCAUUAGAAGAAUAUGAAUUAUCAUUGAGGUUCUUAGAGAAUGCCUUAAAACUUAACCUAAGAUAUUAUGGUGUUAAAAGUUUAAAGGCUGCUAUGAGUUAUCAUCUAUUAGCUAGAACCUAUUCUUGUCAGGGCAAUUUCCGUGCUGCUCUCCAGAGUGAAAAGGAAGCUUUCUCUAUUUAUAAACAAUCUCUUGGUGAUGAUCAUGAGAGAACUAAAGAAAGUUCUGAAUGUUUAAAACAUUUAACACAACAAGCUGUAGUCUUCCAGAAAAAAAUCAAUGAAUAUUGUCAGGGAGAAAAAAAUAUGACAUUCCCUCCUAUACAGAUUCAGACGCCAUCCCUAUCUAGUGUAUUAGAUACGUUAAAUGUUAUAAAUGGUAUUGUCUUUGUACAACUCAGUGAUUUAGAGAGGCUGAAGAGAGAAAUGAACAAACAAAAAGCAAAGACAACAGAUAAAACGGAGAGUCCAACAGAAGGAAAUCAAAAUGGUGCUUCUGAAAGCAAUACUAGUAGUGAUAGUGAAAAUAAUGGAGAACAGUUAAAAACCUCGAAAGAAGCCUCACCAGUCACAGGGGACAGUCCAGCAGUUAAUGGGGACCUUAAACCAAAUACACAGGUGCUACUCACUAAUGGCUCACAAUAA